AUGGAUUAAAUAGUAUAUAUUCCUGAAAUAAGAUAUAAACAAAUCAACGAGAUAACAAUAGAUUCUUAAGAGACAAUUUAAUUAAAAUAACAAGAACUUGAAGAGCUGAUUAAGGAUAUUUAAAUUCCUGAUGAGGUGGAGUUUGAACAUAUUUUCACUCUGAUUCGACCAAAUUGUUGUGGAUGUGGUCCUUAUUCAUAAAAAUCUGAAUUUAAUGUCUAAGGUCUAGGAUAAUUGGAAUUUUAUAUUGAUAAAUAUCAUUGUUGCACUUUAUGGUGUUUUCAAUGUUUUUGGCAAAAUUGUUAUUGGUGUUUUUGUUGUUGUUUUUAUGAAUGUCUGAUAAAAUUGAUUUGGUGUAUUUUAAGACCAUUUGUAAAAUGUUUAAUUGCAAUUGUGAAAUGUAUCUUAUGCGUAAUUCAAAUUCAUCGAUUGCCAAAUUAAUUAUAUGUUAUGGAGAAUUCUAAUAUUAAAUUAGAAUUUUGGUAAAGGGGAUUAGGUACAAUUAAAACUAAGAAUGAAAUUAUUCUUAAUUUUGUAUAAACAGAUCCAAAUUUCUAUGAUAAAUAUUGCUCAGGUUUAUAUUCUUCUUAUCCUUAACUGGUAAUCACUUCUCCAUUUGAUUAAAAUUAUAAAUUAAUACUGAAACCAAAUAAGAAUGAUUGCCCAUAAUCAAUAAAGGGUUCAAUGUCAUUAAUGGCUUGUUGUGAUAUGUUUACAACAUCGAAGUAUUAUUAAGUGGAUGGACUUACAUAAGGAAAAUGUGAAAUCAUUAAUUAUAGAACUGCACUUUAAGCUAUAGCCAAAAUAUCUGAAAUGUAAGGAUAAUGUUGCAAGUUCUGCCCUUUGAUUGAUUAUCCACGUUUCGCUAUUUAAUUUUAAAGUGUCAGGUUAAUUGAUAAAAUAGCAAUUAUAUUGGGUUUAAUUCACAUCAGUAUGUUUAAUCAAUGGGGAGAGGGAAAUGCUUCAUAUCUUAGACUCAAGUUUUCUAAAGAAAUAUGUGAAAAUAGAAAUAGAGUCAAAUCAGUUACAAUUAUUAAAUGA